AUGGGGGGCUUUUUGAACGAUAGACAAAUCGAGGAGUUGAUGGACGACUUAAAUGAUGAUUUGGAAUCGGAAAAUGAAAGGACACCAAAUAUAAACCAACUUUGUGACGCCAGAGACAGUCCCGAACCUGUUAGUUGCUCAGAAGACAGUGUAUUUGGAAUAAGUUCUGACGACAGUGAAAACGAAGAGGAGAAUACGAGUGAGAUGGGAACGAAAAUACGAGAGAUGAGGGCGAAGAAGAUGAGGAUGAUGGAGCAUGGACUUCAAAUUGUUAUCGAGGUAAAAAUCGUUACAAGUGGUCUAAAACAGUUCCACGUAGAUCCCGAAUGA